CCCCAGGCCAUCGAGGGCACCUACAUCGACAAGAAGUGUCCCUUCACCGGCAACGUCUCCAUCCGGGGCCGCAUCCUCUCCGGGGUGGUCACCAAGAUGAAGAUGCAGCGCACCAUCGUCAUCCGCAGGGACUACCUGCACUACAUCCGCAAGUACAACCGCUUUGAGAAGCGGCACAAGAACAUGUCUGUGCACCUCUCUCCCUGCUUCAGGGAUGUGCAGAUUGGGGAUAUCGUGACGGUGGGAGAGUGCCGCCCCCUCAGCAAGACUGUCCGGUUCAACGUCCUCAAGGUGACCAAGGCUGCCGGCACCAAAAAACAGUUCCAGAAGUUUUAAAACCUAUUUGUACUUUUCUUUGUAUCAAUAAAAAAGCUGGUGUGAUUUGGA